CUGACUGCAAGCUGACCUCAGAUUCCACAUGGCCCUCUUAAAGUUGGACUGGCUGUCUUAACACACCCUUCAAGGGGGUUCCACCCCCUUGAAGGGUUCUGCCCACCAGUGUAAUACCUCCCACUGAUGGAAAGCGACAUGGACUAUUUAAGCAGAAAUGUGAACGGGGGCAGGCGGAAGAUUUCAGUCUUUCACCAAGGUGCGUCCAAACUCGGAGACCCUUUGCAAACUUCCUGCCGUCACUCCGUGAAGCGUCACCGACAUGCGGGCUCAAUCUGACAGCAGCGGCGCGGCCUCCGCCGACGCCGUUCCCGCUCCCGCUCCCGCUCCCGCUGGAGUCCGUCCAAAAGUGAGCGGCCGCGGCCGCACCGCCGCUCCCGCCGCCAACUCCAACUCGGACGAAUGGGAUAUCCCCGAGUUCGAGCUCUUUGGUGCGGUUGGCCCGAGAGGACUUCCGCCUUUGACCGAGUUCCUGGACAUCUGGGAUGUGGACAUGAUGAAGAAACGAGACGGGACCAACAAGAUUCUCCACCAUACGGCCCUCUACCAUUCGGACAAUCUCAUUGUCCGUCGAGGGCAAGAGUUCCAGUUUAACAUCACCUUCGACCGUCCGUACAACCCAACCAAGGACAAGUUUGCCGUGGAGCUCGUCAUCGGUGCCAAUCCUCAGUACAGCAAGAACACCUACGUUCCUGUCUUCCCGACCGAGGACAGACAGAGCUCCUGGCCGGGCCGUGUCGUCCGGACCUCUGACAACGUGCUCACCAUGGGUGUCACGCCCGCUGCCAACUGCAUCGUGGGCAAGUACCAGAUCUAUGUCGCUGUGGGGACCCCAUACGGCAUCCGGAGGACCAAGCGGGACAAGAGCCGUUACGUCUAUGUUCUCUUCAAUCCGUGGGAGGCAGCUGAUGCAGUGUUUCUGAAUGACGAGGUGGAGAGGGAAGAGUGCGUGAUGGCAGAGACGGGAAUCAUCUACCAUGGCUCUUAUGACGAUGUCGCCGAGAGACACUGGAACUAUGGCCAGUUUAACUAUGGCGUUCUAGAUGCGUGCCUGUACAUCAUGGACAGGUCUGAGAUGCCCAUCAUCAACAGAGGGGACCCCAUCAAGGUGGCUAGAAAGGCUUCCGCCAUGCUCGACUCUCGCGACGACAAUGGGGUGCUGGUGGGCAACUGGAGCGGCGACUACACCUACGGAGUUGCGCCCACGGCCUGGACCGGCAGCACCGAAAUCCUCCUCACUUAUGCCAGCAGCAAGACGCCUGUGUGCUACGCUCAGUGCUGGGUCUACGCCGCCGUAUUCAACACCUUCCUGCGUUGCCUGGGUAUCCCGUCGCGAGUCGUCACCAACUACUACUCCGCCCACGACAACGAUGGAAACCUCAAGUCUGACAUCAUCCUGGAUGAAAACGGCCGGAUAGAUCGCAAACGUACUCGGGACUCCAUCUGGAACUACCAUUGCUGGAACGAGUGCUUCAUGUCCAGACCGGACCUCCAGCCCGGCUUCGGAGGCUGGCAGGUUGUGGAUGCGACACCGCAGGAGAACAGUGAUGGCUUGUACAGAUGCGGCCCGGCGUCCGUCCACGCCAUUAAACAUGGUGAAAUCUGCUUCCCCUUCGACGCCGCCUUUGUAUUUGCGGAGGUGAACAGUGACAUGGUGUUUUAUUCCCGGAGGAAAGAUGGCAGCAUGGAGCCGGUCAAGGUUAAUCGCACCCACAUUGGCCGCAUGGUUUUGACGAAAGAUCCCGGUGGGUUGAGUCGCCGUGACAUCACUGAUCAGUACAAGUUUCCUGAAGGCAGCGCUGAGGAGCGGACAGUCCUGGAGAAAGCAGAGACGUACAACUGUAAAAGGGAGAAGUCCGACCUCCCUCCGGGGGAUGUCGACCUGGUUCUGUCCGACACCGUAGUCAGCCUCGGCGAUGACUUCGAGUUGAAUCUGAAAUUCGUCAAUCGCAGCAGCAGUCGGCGUACUGUGGAAGCGUACGUCAGCGGCAGCGUGAUCUACUACACAGGCCUGGUCAGCUCCGAGUUCCUGUUCACAACCCCCUCUGUCAAGAUUGGGCCAGAUGGCAGUGCGAAAGAGUCUGUCACCGUCGAUUCCAAGCAGUACAUGAAGUUGCUGGUUGAGCAGUCAAACCUGCACUUCAUCGUCACUGGGAAGGUCACCGAGACGGGACAGAUCGUCAGCGCCAUGAAAGUCGUCCGCCUGCGCAAGCCCAAACUCACAGUCAAGGUGACGGGCCCCGGGAAAGUGAGCGAGGAGAUGAUGGCUACGGUGGAGUUCACAAACCCCUUGACCAUCAGCCUGGAGGACGUCUCCAUUCGCAUGGAAGGAGCCGGACUCAUGCUUCCCAAGUCCAAAUUCUACAGGCUCAUCACCGGAGGCUCGUCACUCACCUGGAGCGAGUUCUUCACACCGCAAAGGGCGGGGACCAGCGGGCUGAUCGCCACCCUGGACUGUCCCGCUCUCAGGCAGGUGCACGGCGAGGUCACGCUCACGAUCCGCGCCUGAGGAAACGCCGCUUCCCCUGCUACGUUCUGUAUGCGCCAGCGUUGCGGGUUGACCAAAUAAACGACUGGCAGCUG